AUGCCUCACAAGAAAAGCGACGACUAUGUCCUUGCCAUGCCGGAGGGAGGAGACCAUGAGAUGGACGAUCUGGAUGAUAUCCAGAAGCCACAGUCGCCUUAUUCUCCCCCGUCGCGACAGAAUGCUCAAUCGGCUAGCCCAUUGUCGGCACUCGCGAACAAUCCGACCGCGUCUAUUCUGGGUUACUGUUUGGCGUCCAUCUCGAUGACUGUUGUCAACAAGUUCGUUGUAUCAGGCUCAGAUUGGAAUCUCAUGUUCCUUUACCUGGCAAUCCAAUCUGUGGUUUGCAUACUUGCAAUUCUUGUCUGCCAGCAGCUGGGCUUCCUCAGCCUUGAGAAGUUCAAUGUGGAUAAUGCAAAGCAAUGGUCUCCAAUCGCCGUUCUCCUCGUGGCCCAGAUUUAUACUGGCGGAAAGGCGUUGCAGUUUCUCUCGGUGCCCGUGUUCACCAUAUUCAAGAAUCUGACAAUCAUCGUCAUCGCUUACGGAGAAGUCCUACUGUCCGGCGGUCGGGUUACGCCUCUUGUCCUGCUGUCCUUCGGCCUCAUGGUGUUUAGCUCGGUGGUAGCGGCUUGGGCGGAUAUCCAGGCCACACUCGGCGCGGACAGCCACCCAAGCGAGACCGAUGCGGCUCUGAAGACGCUCAACGCGGGUUAUGCGUGGAUGUUCGCAAACGUCUUCUGUGCGGCUGCGUAUGUUUUGGGCAAGGGCAGAGUGAUGAAGAAGCUGCAGACGCGAGACUGGGAUGCCACAUACUACAGCAACCUCCUCAGCAUUCCGGUUCUGGUGCUCGGCUCCCUCCUGACAGAGGAUUGGUCUGCGGCGAACUUUGCCCGCAAUUUCCCAGAAGAUACGCGACGCAGCCUCAUCAUCGGCAUGAUCUACUCUGGCGCCGGCGCCAUCUUCAUCUCGUACGCCUCGACUUGGUGUCAGCGCGUCACCUCCUCGACGACGUACUCAAUGGUGGGCGCAUUGAACAAGCUCCCGAUUGCCAUCAGCGGUCUCGUGUUCUUUGAUGCACCCAUUACCUUUGGUAGCGUGUCGGCUAUCUUCUUUGGCUUUGUAAGCGGUAUUGUGUAUGCGUGGGCCAAGAUUCGCGAGAAGGAGAAGGCAAAAAUGUCUCUCCCGACGAGGCGGUGA